AUGUCCGUUGCUGGAUAUGUCCUUUACGUUGUCCCUAUUACUUCCUUUCGCAGGCUGCUGAACUCUCAACCUUGCACGGACGUCGCCGACUGCUCGCUAAAGGCUGAGAAUAUUCUCCACCAACCUGAUUCAGGACUUGGCUCUUCAGAAGAUGACCGCGGGCAUGGCUCCGGGCUGGAACCUUCCACACGACAUCCCUCAGAAUUAUCGCCUCGGAAAACCGACUUGCAUCGUGUUCGUAAUGACAAUGAAGGCGCCUUCCAUCGCGAUAGCGAUGCUGCUCGUGUCAAUUCUGAUUAUCGUCCUCCCGAUCAGAUAUUCGCGGAUGAUACCCAUGAACAGACCAGUAAUCCUGGGCCCAGCGCAGCUGAUUUGCAUGCGAUCAAGGUUGCUGAUUCCCUAUUACUGUCCCCGCAGAAGGUGCAAAAGCAUUCUGCUGAUGAGGAAUGUCGUAAGGAGGAAGGAGCUAUUCUUGUGGAUAAUACGUUUAAUGCAUUGGCAACCGCAGGAAGUCGAAAGAAGAUUAGACUGUCGAACAAUGAGGGCGCUUUUGCCGCCGGCUCAGUGGUUUCUUCUAAAUCUUCGCGAUCGGACAAGACUCGGGAUUUGAUGUCAUCACGGGUAAAAGCGGUCGGCACGAAGGACCGCGGACGACGCCUCGCUGCAAACGCAAGUGAUGUGGUGAUAUCUGCUACAAGUGAUCAUGGAACCAAACAUAUCAUCGAACUGCAGACCUUUGAUAGGCCCCACACGGGUCACGCUGGAACGGAAGUCAGCGGGCCAGAAAAACCUUUGUGCGGCCUGACGGUACCAGUUGCGCCGACCUUUACAAAUGAUGCUCUAUGCCAGCAACGGACAUUAGCUGCGGCCGAAAGGCAGCGUGGACUGCACGAGAAGAAAGAUGGGGGGAAGUCUCAUUUGCUGAAGUCAGAUGACCGACUUCCAGGUAACGAUACAAUCACGAGAGCAUCAAUGCCAGGUCGCCCAACACAUGAGCCACUGAAACCGACACUGCCUCGUCCGUUUCGGUUUGAGACGGAUUUCCGACAAGCGAGCCGAGCCGAGUUUGAGGUGAAGCUCAGGGCUUGGGAGCAACGUGCGUCUAGGUCGUCUAGUGUUCAUGACCAGGGUAAAUCCCGCAAAUCUUUGCCUGAUUUCAAGGGUCUGCAUGCUGCCCAAGAAGGGGCAUUGUCCAACAUGGCAGCUCGACGUCGCGAGCAUGUUGCUCCGACUAUACCUGUUUCGCCAAACUUCAUAGUGGACACCCGAUUGGCGGAACGGCGGAAAUUUGAAGAAGCGCGACGAGAGCGAGAAAAAGAGGCCGAUAGAGUGAUGGAAGAGCAACAGCGUGCCAAAGAAAUAGAAGAGGAACGCAAAUGGCGGGAAGCUCGAAAGCGGACAGUGCCCCGAGCGAAUGCGGUUCCCAAAUGGUACGUGGAAAAGCCGAAACGUUCUACACAGAGUAGCUAG